UUUAGAUAUGCUUAAUUUUAUUCGAUUGGAAAUUUUAGUUGAGAUGCUGAGCUUAAUUGUCUUUUACCAUAGAUUAGCGUUGAUUAGAUAUGAUCUAGAUCAACUCUAUAGAUAUAUAUAGCCCCGAUAGUAUUUAAAAUCGAUGAACCAGUGACCAUGUAAUAGAGACAUUCAUUGAUUGAUUCGAGAUGAUCAUGAUAGUCAUUGCAUAAGACCAAGGUCUCAAUUAAUUGAAUCAUUGGAAUUACAAAUUGCCAAACUAAUGCUAGGUCAUUAGGCUAGCUCUGGGGAUAAAAUUUUAGACAACUCCACAACUGUCAGACAAGUAAUUUUUCAAAAAAGCCAUUAUAAAAUGAAAGGCUUGUAUGUUACACUCAUCUGUUACUCAUGGAUACACAUUUCUGAACAGGGGAUAGACAAUGUCAAUGGAAGUUUCAAGUCUGUAAGUGUAUACUGUGAUGAUCAAAACUGCACUUUUAAAGACAAUGUGAUAGACUGGGACAAGGCAGACGCAGUAGCAACAUUCAAUGACACACUGCUCUCAACUGGUUGGGGAAUUCUUGAUGUUGCUGCUGGUUUAAGUUCUAAGAACCUGAAAGAUGAACAAAUUAUGUUUGCAGCAGGUUUUGCUGAAGGUGUAUUAACUGCAGAACAUAUGGAGAAUCAGUUCACAAAUUUAUAUGACUGGUUCUCUCCUUCACAUGAGGAAAAACUUAGAGUCAAACUUGAGCAGUGGUUCAUUAAACAGAGAGAGUGGGCAAACAAUAUGAUAAAGAAUAAUCCUAAUGAUCCUUUGUGGCGCCAUGCUUCAUACAUAUUUUCACAAUUAGAUGGCCUCUUGGCUGGAUAUAAAAGUGUACGAGGCAAUAAAAAGGACUCUUUGGACAUUUUUGCUGUCAAUUUUUUGAAUGCCAUUGGAGAUGUGCUGGAUUUAAGAUACAUUCUAAAUCCUAGCUCUCUGAAAGAUUGGAGGAAAUUUUCUCCUGAGGAGGCAAAACAUUUUUUUUUCUUGUCUGGCCAUUGUUCAGUGCUUAUAAAGAUGCUUCCUGGGUUUGAAAAUAUGUUUAUGUCCCAUAGUAGUUGGUUUGAUUAUGCUGCAACAAAUAGAAUAUAUAAACACUAUAACUUGAAUGUUGCUGAUCCUUCUACUAGUUCAAAGAGAAUCUCAUUUUCCAGCUAUCCAGGCUUCUUAGAAUCUCUAGAUGACUUUUACCUUCUGGGCAGUGGUAUGGCCAUGCUACAGACUACAAACUCUAUAUUUAAUUACACACUCUACCAAUAUGUAACUCCACAAUCACUGAUGGCUUGGCAGCGUGUGCGCAUAGCAAACAUGAUGGCUAACAGUGGGGAGGAAUGGUCAAAUAUUAUAUCUAAGUACAAUUCAGGGACUUAUAACAAUCAGUAUAUGGUUAUUGACUUGAAACUUAUAAAGCUUGGUCAAGUUUUACCUGACAACACUUUAUGGGUAUCUGAACAAAUACCUGGACUAGUGGUAGCAGAAGAUCUCACUGCUUUACUUCGAUCAGGUUAUUUCUCAUCUUAUAAUGUGCCAUAUUUUGAAGAAAUUUAUAAUAUAAGUGGUUAUCCAGACUACGUCAAAAAAUUUGGUAUAGACUACACUUAUCAGCUUGCACCAAGAGCUAAAAUAUUUCGCAGAGAUCACUCCAAAGUCUUUGAUUUGAACAGUAUGAAAAGUGUAAUGAGAAGCAAUGAUUACAGACGUGAUCCAUACAGUGAGUAUAGUCCAAUAGAUGCUAUUUGUGCAAGAUUUGACUUGAGUAGCUCACCUAGAACUGCUGGAUGUUAUGAUACAAAGGUCUCUGAUUUCAAUAUGGCUCAGAAAUUUCAAGCAGACAUCAUUAGUGGGCCAACAACUCAGUCUGGUUUGCCAGUGUUUACUUGGAAAGGAAAAUUUGCUAACAUUUCUCAUGUGGGUCUGCCUGAAGCCUACAACUUCUCUUUCGUUAGAACUCAACCAAGUUUGUAAUGGUCACAAACACACUCUACAAAUCACCAUUUUGUCAUCACUGAUAUAUUUUAUACAGGGUAUGUAACAUUUUGGCACUAUGGUCGUUUUGGCUCUGGAGGUUUUGACAAUUAUUCAUAAAAUAAAAAUCUUUAUAAAAACAUUAGUUUUUCACUUCACUAUGCUAUAGUAUAUAGAGUAUACAUUCUCCUCCCCCCAAACAAAAGUUUUAAUAAUUCUGGCUAUUUCAUGAACACAUAUUGCAAACAUCUGGUAUGAGCUCAGAACAUGAUAUCUCAAUGGUCCCGAGUUUUAAAAAAAACGCAAGCCUCACCACACAGACAUUAUAAUGUUAAUCAGGCCUCCUUCAGUCGUAGAGCAACUAUGGUUCAUCUUGAACACUUUUUCAUGUGACUGUACAGCACUAUUUUGGGCCCUCUCCAAAAUAGGGCUGCACAGUAUAAUGUUAGUGUUAUAACAAUAACUACAUAACAAACUUAAAUCUAAAAAACAAAAAUAAACUUGUUCUGUAUAUAUAAAAUCUGUUUGAACACAAACACACACACAAAACAGAGAUAUGUAUCCUUCUAUUUAAGGACAUAUUAAAAAAUUUUGUGCCAAAAUGUCCAGCGCCAUAACAAUUAUCUUGCCCCAUGUCCUGCUUGGUUUUAUACAAGUUCUAUUUAUACAGAUUCCACUACAUAUUCUACUUUCUAUAAAUGCCAUAUUGUUAUACUUAUUUAAGUUUCAAUAAAAUAUUUUUUUUAAUUGAA